CGGGAUUCUGUACCACGUCUGCUACCGGUGUGUUAGCUGUUGUUUUGAACCACUCACAACCUGGAUUUAUAGUUUUCUGUUUAAUUUGUAAAGCACUGAAAGUUGCAGAUGUGUGACCAUUUUAAAUGAAGUGUUUAUUUUUCCGGGAGUGGAUUUUAAGUAAGCUGGAGUUCAAGAGAGCCGUAGAAAUACAAAGCAAAGCUCUCCUGUCAGAGUAUGCGACAAAGAAAAGCUUUGGGGGAAAGUAGUUUUCACCGAGCAACACUUCCACUGCCGCCUGAAACAUGACCGAGAGAGCUGACAAAGGCAAACCCAAGGGACGCUUAUCAUUGUCCAGAAGCAAAAAGAAAGGCGGUGUUGCUAAAGCUGGGACUCUUGCGAGUGCUGCCACCACAAGUCCAAUCACGUCGUUCUUCUGCAGCCAGCCUCCACCUAAGCUGGCCUGCCCCCUGUGUGGCCAGCUGGUACCGAGAUUCAGGAUCAAUGAGCACAUUGAUCUGCAGUGUCAGAACUUUGAGAGAGGAGACAGCACUGUCGGCUCAGCAAGUAAUAGUGUUGUAUCGAGCACUCAGCUGUCACCCAGGAGGAGUCUCACAAAGUCCCCAGAGCUGGAUCGAAAAGUGGAAGAAGAGGGCAAAGAAACCAAAACUAGUCCUUAUUUCAAAAAGAAUAACUUACAGCAGGCACCACGGGAAAUAAACAGCAAGACUGUGGUCAGGACCAUUGAUCUGGGAAGUCUUUCUUCCAAACUAUCCAGAAAAUAUCACAAGGCACCUGAGAGGAUACAGGUGGAGGAUGAAAAUGAACUUGAGGAGACACUGAAUAGCUCACAGAAAGAAAAUGUUCUGAUUCAAAGUUUAGAUGACAAAGAAGAGUGCAUGGCAGUCAUAUCCACCGGUGUAGCCUGUGCAGCAGCAGUGGAAGGUCCAUCGCAUUCAGAAAAACAACAUAACUUUGAAAACAAAGCAUCAAAAUCUGAUACUGUCCAAAAACUGGUUACUCCAAAGCUGCACUCUUCUCCCUCCAACAUCAAAAGAAAAAACAAAACAUCUUCCACUGGUAAGGUAGCAGGCUUUAACAAGAAAGCCAAACUGGAGGAGAAGUGCUCUGAAAGUAAAGCUGAAACAUCUGAUCUUGAGCAGCGUGAAACUGUAGUACCUUCAUCUGCUUGUGACCCACCUUUGAAUUCAAAGGAAACACAUGAGGAAAGGGUCGCAGUUAUCAGUGACAAUUUACUGCCUGUGUUGGCACUGAUAACAACCAGUGAAGAGCGCUCAACUACGGUUUCCCCGCAUCUUCCCUACUACCUCAGAAACUUCAAAACUGUACUGAACGCCGUGCUGGAGAAUGAUGACGACAGAGAAUUAUUCAACCAGGAUGAUUUGUCAUUUAUAUGUGCAUUUGAAAAUCUCUCAGUCAUGGGACAGAAGCUGUAUGUGAGGCUUUUUCAGAGGAAAUUGAAGUGGCUCCAAGUAAAGCUGGAUUAUGAAGAGAUAGGCAGCGUCUUGGACCGGUUUGCACAGGAAACUGGUUCAAAGUGGUUUCUACAGACAGAGAAUGACCUUGAGGACUUAGGUGAGGCUCUGGAUCUCCUACCAGCUCCUGAACUCAAAGCUUUGGCUAAGACUUUCCACCUCGGCAAUUCAGGGACUCAGAAACAGCAGCUAGUGGACGGGCUACUUCGUCUUAGCAGGCAAAAGUCUCUCUUCUCUCCGACCUCUGCACAAAACAAUGUUGGAACGGUCAUCCUCAAACGGGCUAAGCAGCUCGCAGGUUCCUCUGUGCGUCUCUGUCGCGGUCCACGGGCUGUCUUCUCUCGGGUUCUUCUGCUCUUCUCUCUGACGGCCACCAUGGAAGAAGAGGAGAUGGCAGCUGGUGGACAGAGCCAGCUUUAUACCAUCCUUUUGGUAAACUCAGGUCGUCUGGCCUUCCCGGACUACACAAUGCAGCGUGUAGCCAAGGUUUUUCGGGACAGAGAGGACCUUAUCAGAUAUGAAGCUUCCAUGCGAGCACUGCAAGAGGUGAUCCUGGCUAUGCAGGGUGGUCAGUGGGAGACGGCCCUGGAGCUCUACACUGCAGCGAAAAGUGAAUGGCUAGAGCUGAAGAAAAACCAUGACCUCAGUCAUCUGGAAGAGCUGCCCGUGUUCCUGCGCUGCUUCACUGCAGGAUGGGCUUACACUCGAAUCUUAUCCAGGGGGGUAGAGAUUUUGCAGAGGCUUCGUCGCUAUGAGGAAGCGGUUGAAGAGCUGCAGUCCUUGCUGUUGCAGUCCGUUUACUGUCCUGACAGCCGCGGGCGAUGGUGGGACAGACUGGCGCUAAACCUUCACCAGCACCUCAAAAGUCCUGAGCAGGCUGUCUGUGCUAUCAGAGAUGGGCUGUCAGACCCUUUGGUGCGUACAGGACAUAAACUCUCCCUCCAUCAGAGAGCUGUUAGAAUGAAAGAGUCUGCCAGCUGCAAGAAGUACCGCCUGCAACUGAGAGAGCUGCCCACUGUCCAAGUCCAAGAUGUCAAUCAUGUGACUAUUCGAGGACAGCUGUUUCCUCAUGAAGGAGGCAUGGGGAAGUCUAGAUUUCUUUUACCAGCAGAUGAAGAAGGGGAAGACGGUGCUCGUUCCACUGUAAUAUGCUCUGUAGAAGAGCUGUGUUUAGCGCAUUACCGACAGCAAGGUUUUGACCAAGGGAUCCAUGGAGAGGGCUCAACAUUCUCAACAUUGUUUGCUCUUCUGCUGUGGGACAUCAUUUUUAUGGACGGUAUUCCAGAUGUCUUCCGAAACCCAUACCAGACGUGUCCACUGGAUCUUUACACCGACUGUUUCUAUGAGAACAGAAAGGAUGCAAUUGCAUCGCGUGCCCAGUUACUUUGUGAGGCAUCCGUGGAAACUCUGCAGAAUAUGUUAGAAGAUGUCUGGAAUUCCCAGGAGGGUAAAGUGUGUUCGUUGGUCAGCUGGGAACGUUUCUCAUCCCUUCAACAGGCGCAGUCUCUUGUUGCGUGCCUGGGUGGAGCCUUUCUUGGUGGAGUAAUAGCACGAAUGGCAAAAGACUACAGGCACUGCCGUGGAGGUUUACCCGACCUUGUGGUGUGGAACACCUCAAAUAACAGUUACAAGCUGGUGGAGGUGAAGGGGCCCAAUGACCGACUGUCCCACAAGCAGCAGAUCUGGUUGGAUGAGCUGCAGAAACUUGGGGCCGAUGUGGAGGUGUGUCACGUGACUGCUACUGGAGCCAGAGGAGCUCGUCUGGAAUAAAAAGAGACAGAAGAAAUGGCUGAUAAGACUUUGCUGCU